AUAAUAAUUCUAUGAAUGAGAGACAACCCACAAACCAUCCAAACCUUAUUGACAUUUGUUUACUUGUAAACAAUGCAAAUGCAAGUUUUUCAUUUAGUUGUCUUAGUGAUAUUGGCAAUGAGUGGUUUCAAAGUACAAGGCCAAGGAUUGAAAACAGGUUUUUAUUCUUCUUCAUGCCCCAAAGCAGAGGCCAUAGUCAAAUCCACUGUUGAAGCUCACUUCAACAAAGACCCAACCAUUGCUGCUGGCUUGCUCAGGCUUCAUUUCCAUGACUGUUUUGUUCAGGGUUGUGAUGGAUCAGUCUUGAUUGUCGGAGCUUCAGCUGAGAGGAAUGCCUUGCCAAACCUUGGUGUACGAGGUUUUGAAGUCAUUGAUGAUGCAAAAACACAGCUAGAGGCCUUGUGCCCGGGGGUAGUCUCAUGCGCCGACAUACUAGCAUUGGCUGCCCGUGAUGCGGUUGACUUGAGUGAUGGUCCAAGUUGGCCAGUGCCAACAGGAAGAAGAGAUGGGAGGGUCUCAUCAUCAUCUGAAGUCUCAAGUUUUUUGCCUUCUCCUUUAGAAUCCAUGGCAGCCCAAAGGCAGAAGUUCGCGGUUAAAGGCCUAGAUGACCAUGACCUUGUUACAUUAGUGGGUAUGCUCCAUUUCUCUUCUAAUGAGGCCUAUUUGAUCCCAAAAAUUACGUUCAAAAUGAAUCUGAACCACUUCAAUUUUUCUGUGUACUUUUCUAUAUAUUUUUCCUGUGCAUGUAGCAUUCAUGCUAUUUGAUCACUUACCAUAAUAUUAAUGAGAAAGUAU